GCGGAAGUGACGUAGGACCGUGACCGUCUCUUCCGGUGGCUCUCUGCCCUGAGUACUUCACUGGAGAACUGUGGCCUUUAAGGGAACGAAUUUUCGCUGGAGUAGUUGGAGUGACGACCGUCAUAAACCUUGUGAUUUCAGCGCCUUUGUUAUUGGAGGGGUGUGGAUAUCGGGGUGGCUUGUGAGAGUUGGUUCUCUCCUUCACCCUGUGGGGCCUCUGAGGAUUGACGUUUUGUUUUGAGACAGAACUCAGGCUGGUCUUGAACUCCCUGUGUAGCUGAAGAUGACCCUAUACUCAUGGACUUCCUAUUUCUACCUUCUGAGUGCUGGAGUUCCAGGCAGUGGAGAGUGCCACCGUCCACUGAAACUCACCGGCUGCACUGAAGUGAUGACAGCUCCGGUGAAAGGAAUAUUCGGACCCACUUCUGCGUUACAGGAUGGCAGCCACUGACCCGUCCCAUGAUCUUUCAGGGGACUCAGUCUGCCUUCAAGAAGAGAAGGUAUCAGCACAAAGGAUGCUGAUUGACUGCCUGGCAAAUUAUCAGGAGUUAGUUAACUUUGAGGAUGUGACUGUGGACUUUACCCAAGAGGAAUGGACCUCACUGAACCCAUCCCAGAGAAGGCUCUACAGAGAUGUGAUGCUGGAGAACUACCAGAACCUGGCCACAGUAGGAUAUCAGCUCAUCAAACCCAGUCUGGUCUCUUGGUUGGAACAAGAAGAAUUUAGUACAUGUCAGAACAUAGUUUUCUCAGAAUGGAAAAUGCAACCUGAAACCAAAUGUUCACUAUCCCAACAGGAAUUUGUGAGGGGUAACAUGUCCAGUGGGUUGCAAAUGCAAACAGGAAGCCAGAGUGAAAGGGAGCUCCAUAACUGGACAAAAUCUGGAGCCUUCUGCAGUGACCUCUCAUCCCUUCAGACACACCUGAAAACUCAAGCGACACAGGAUGACUAUGACUGUGGUCAGUACAGAAGAGACUUUCUGAUGUUUCCCAGGAAAAGCUGCGCUGGUGAGGCACUUUCUGAACUCAGUGAGAGUGAGGAAGCCUGUACGACCCCAAUUAAUGUUAAUGGAAAGACCGCCACACAGGAGAAGUCUUUUAUCAGUCAGCCACAGCUUCACACACGUAGAAGAACUCACAGUGGAGACAGACUUUAUGACUGGAAUGAAUAUCGGAGAAGUUUUAUAAACUCGAGACUUGCUGUGCUCAUAGAAACUCUCAAUGCAAAGAAGCCUUACAAGUGUAAGGAAUGUGGGAAAGGCUACAGAUACCCUGCAUAUCUAAACAUUCACAUGCGAACGCACACUGGUGAGAAGCCCUAUGAAUGUAAGGAAUGUGGGAAAGCUUUCAAUUAUUCCAAUUCAUUUCAGAUCCAUGGAAGAACUCACACUGGAGAGAAACCCUAUGUAUGCAGUCAGUGUGGGAAAGCCUUCACUCAGUACUCAGGACUUAGUAUACAUGUAAGAUCUCACAAUGGUGAUAAACCUUAUGAAUGUAAGGAAUGUGGGAAAGCCUUCCUUACAUCCUCACGACUUAUUCAACAUAUAAGAACACACACAGGAGAAAAGCCUUUUGUGUGUGUCAAAUGUGGGAAAGCCUUUGCUAUUUCUUCAAAUCUUAAUGGACAUUUGAAAAUGCAUGCUGAAGAGAAGACAUGUGAGUGCAAGAUUUGUGGGAAAGCAUUUGGAUACCCUUCAUGUCUUAAUAGUCACAUGAGAACUCAUAGUGCCACAAAGUCAUACACAUGUAAGGAAUGUGGGAAGGCCUUUAACUAUUCCACUCACCUUAAAACUCACAUGCGAAUCCACACUGGGGAAAAACCCUAUGAGUGCAAACAGUGUGGAAAAGCCUUCAGUCAUUCCACUUCAUUUCAGAUACACGAAAGAACCCACACUGGGGAGAAGCCCUAUGAAUGUAAGGAGUGUGGGAAAGCCUUCAUCUGCCCCAGUUCCUUCAGAAUUCAUGAAAUAAGUCACACUCACACUGAAGAAAAACCAUAUAAGUGUCAGCAGUGUGGAAGAGCCUACAGCCACCCUCGUUCCCUUCGAAGACAUGAAAGAACUCACCAGUGAGCAGCCUGGCUGACGGAAGCUACGAGAGAAAGCCAUUAUUUGCUCUAGUGUACUUUGAAGACAUGAUGGUACUCCCAGUGGAGAGACAUUAUGAAAAUUAUAUACAUAGCUUGGAGCAGUACUGUACGGUGGCUGUUCAGGAGGCUGAAGAUGGGGGUAAAUUUAAAACCAAACUGGGCAACGCAAAUGCUCCAUGUCCAAAAAAUUAAAACGAUUGCUGACAAGAUGGCUCAGUGGAUAAAAUCACUUGUUGUGAAUGUCUGAUAUCUUGAAUUUGGUCUGUAUCCAUGUGAAAUAGACAGAUAUAGUGGAAUUAAUCUGUAUUCCCAACAAUCCGACAAGAUAGGAGUCAGAGGCAGGAGAAUCACCUGGAAGCUUGCAGGCCAGGUAUCUUUCGAGAGACCUUGUUAUGCUUCAGCAAGGUAAAAGAACCAAUGCCUUAAAGUUGUCCUCUGACCUUUA